AUGGAACACUCGUUACUGCAUAUAGAAGAGGAUCUACACAGAAUUUUUGAAUGGUGUUGCAACAACAGUCUUCUUGUAAACCCAGAAAAGACCAAAAUGUUGGUGGUUGGUACACGACAACUCAUGAAUCAAUUGGAAUCUCCCAUUUAUAUUAAUUUUAUGGGAGAAAAUCUUGCACCUGUGACAGAGGUUAAGGAUUUGGGUAUGCUUUUGGACUCCCAUCUAACGUACGACAAACAUAUACAAGCAUUGUCCUCAUCGUGUAUCUCAAAAUUGCGUCAGAUUGGUCGCGUGAAACACAACUUUGAUCAGUCAACACUAGUUACAAUCAUCGAUACAUUAGUCAUGAGUAAAAUUAACUAUUGUUCAACAGUAUGGUCUAAUACGUCAGAUGGCAACAUAAAAAAGAUCCAAUUAAUCCAAAAUUGCGCAGCCUGAUUAAUUACAGGGGUGCAUAAGUAUGAUCAUAUAUCACCAACAUUAAACGCGUUAGGAUGGUUGUCAAUCAAAGAACAUCUAUUGUACAGAGAUGCGUUAUUGACAUUUAAAUGUAUGAAUGACAAAGCUCCACAGUAUUUAUGUGAUAAUUUUGAACCACGAAACAGAAUUCAUAACCGAGAUACUAGAAGAAAUGGAGAUCUGGAUAUUCCAAAAUAUAGGACAUCGAUCGGGCAAAGAUCGUUCAAAUACCGAGGGACUAAGAUAUGGAAUGGUCUAGAUACAGAGCUGAAAUCAAUUAGUGAUCUGAACAAUUUUAAGACGAAACUUAAGACAAUUCUUAUUGAGAAGCGAUGUUCUUCUUUUUAA